UUUUAUCCCAGUGCCCCUGCUCACCGUGGUGCUUAACUUAUCACCUACCCUAUCGUAUUAUCCUCCGCAUACAUAACCCGGAAUACGCUUACCUGCCCCUCCGCAUUAUCACAAUCCAUCUUCUGUUCCACAACAUAUCCCCCCCCCCGCGAUCGCACAUCCGAACUUCCCAAGCGCCCAAAUCAUGAUGGAAGAGACACCCAGCACUGCAUGGUCGCCCAAGAUUGCGUCGCAGCGCACAACCAGCGUGCCGGUGCCGCCGGGCGCUAUGCCGCCACAGUACAGCCAGCAGCCGCUGGCCAACGCUGGGCAGCAGACGUCGCCGGUGUACAACGAGCAGCAGCUGGUGCAGCAGCCGGGCCAGCAGGCGCCGCAGACCGCAGCAGCCGGCUUCGAUGCAUUCCAAAACUACGCGCUGCAUGUGCCGUUCAUGAGCUCCACCACCAGCAAUCAGCUGUACAUGGAUGUGGCCGCUCGGCGCGAGCCCUCACUCCCACGCCCCACCAUGACCAACAGCGACAUGGGAGCUAAUGCAAGCGGGAUCAACCUUGUCGAGUGGUACAAGGGACCGGAUUCGUCAUCGACAUUGCCAAGCGUUGGUGCAGCGGCCAGCGUUGCCGGCACCAUGGGCGCCGCCAGCAACAAGAUCAGCUCGCUGCCGUUGAUCCAGCGGCGGCGCACGGUGACGCACGGCAGCCGUCUGGACUCGGACCCGUUCUUUGUCGAGGCAGUGCAGUACAAGGACCUGUACAGCAUGGACCAGAGCAACAAGUACAAGGUGCGGAUCUUCCCGCAGAUUGACCGCGGGUUCUUUUUGUCAGACAACGACUGGACGUGCUACCGCCGCAACUACUUCCAGGUGAGCAGCACGUUCUCGCUCAUUGGCAUGUCCGCGCCGGUGACCGACCCCGAGUGCCCGUGCCUGGUAGUCGACGGUGACCAGUCUGUGCGCACAGUUGUGCGGUUCCUGGUUGGCAUCUCAGCACAGAUUUCUGGCAGCGACAAGAAGAUCGAGCUGGUGCAGCACACGCCCAAGCGCGACAAGGGCCCGCAGACAACGCCGCACGCGCAGCCGGUGCGGGCCUCGGGCAGCAUGCACGCGACAGCCAUCGGCAUCAACUCCAACACGGCGUGCUUCGAGCGCCUGCAGUUCAAGACGGCCACAGCCAACAAUGGCAAGCGCCGGGCCGCCCAGCAGUACUACGUGCUGGUGGUCGAGCUGUUUGGCGAGUGCGAGGAUGGCUCGCGGGUGCUGAUUGCUGCAUCCGCAUCCUCACCCAUUGUUGUUCGCGGGCGGUCGCCCGGCCAUUACGCCGACGGCAGCAACCGGCGCAACACAUCGGGACACAGCACAAAGAUCACCCCGUCGUAUUCGGCCACCACCUUUGACCGCUACGCGCUGUCGUCCCACGCAGCGCUCAGAUCCGCAAGCAACAUGCUGCCAUCGGUCACUAGCAGCUUCUCAAGCUCGGCUGACUAUGCGUUCCAGUCCGACCCAUCGUCACUGGCUGGCCACCCGUCGUACCAGCACCAAUUGGCCCAGCAGCACCAGCACCAGCACCAGCACCAGCAGCACCAGCCGCCGCCGCAGAAUGCGUUUGGAAUCACACCCUUCGGCCUGCAGAACAUGGUGCCCCAGCAGCGGCCCUACCAGACCGUCAGCCCGACCCAGAUCGACUCCAACAUGAUGGCGGCCUCUUCUGAUGCCAUCGCUGCUGCUGCCCAAGCUGCUGCCGCUGCUGCCGCCGGCGUCUCGAAUCCGUCGCCGACGCUGGCGCAGAUGGCUGCUACCACAAGCCUGCAGACGCAGAUGACGGCCCGCUCGGAUGCCAGCACCUUGGCUGAGAGCGGCGGCCAGUUCGCAUACCAGCUGCACAGCGAGCCAAUCCCCAUGUAUCAGACCGAGAAGCCCCACGACACAAAGUACGUGGGCAGCACUCCCAGCCUGCCGCACAUGUCGACCCAGUCGACGAUAUCCUCGGUGCCGUCGAACGUGCCGUCGGUCUCUGGAUACACGCAGCAGCCGCAGUCUGGCGCCUUCUACGGGUCGUCAACGCCCGGGUUUGUGAGCCAGCAGCAGGGUGUCGCUGGCGGUGCUGCUAAGCAGCCGUGGGAGACGUCGCUGCCGCCGCUCGACUCGUUCAUCCCAUCAGCAAGCACUACUCCGGUGGUCGCCAGCAUGGCCAUGGGCGGCGGUGCCCCUGCUGCAGUGUCGCCGCUCGACGCUCAGCAAUAACUGAUGACCCCUCCCAGCCCUUCAGUGUGUAUAAAAUUUCCCUUAGUUUAUUAUCUUUGUCCUACU